AUGCGGGGGCUCCUGCUUACCCUGACCGUCCUGGCACAGACCUCUCGCCUCAGCCCCGGUCUGGGAGCAAUUCCAGCCUUUGCCAGCCUAACUUCCCACCGCCGGACCUCGGAGUCCCAGGGCCCCCUAACCCCCAGGCCUGCGAUUUCCCCGAACCCUACCACCUCUGCCCCAUGGUCCAGGCCACCGAAAUUCCAGGUUCCCCGAACCUCCCGGCCCGCAACUUCCUCUAUCCCCAAUAUCCUUACCCCUCAUCCCCGGACCUCUGAGUCCCUGACCCCUAGAAUCCCUUGGUCCUCAACUUCCCCAGCUCUUGCUACCCCGACCUCACGAACCGGAACGCAGACGACUCCGGUUCCUCGAACCCCAAGACCCGGCACCCCGGCUUUCCGAGCUCCUCACGGCAACACCCCGAGGCCUGGGGGGUCCAAAGAGGAGGCGAAGAAGGAGAAAGUAAAGCCAGUGCUUCGAGUCAAGGUUCGGGUUGUCAAGAAGAAAAAAGUUGUUGUGAAGAAGAGGAAGAAGCUGAAUCCAACCCACCCUAGCCCAGGAAACCAAGAGAUCACUCAGGAUCCCAAGCCAGGCUGCCCACCCCUGGGGCUGGAAUCUCUUCGAGUCUCUGAUGAACAGCUCCAGGCUUCUAGUAGCCAAUCAUAUGGCCUGGGAGCCCAUCGUGGAAGGCUCAACAUCCAGUCAGGCUUAGAGGAUGGGGAUCUAUUUGAUGGAGCCUGGUGCCCAGAGCCAGAGGAUGAUAGGCCUUGGCUACAAGUGGAUGCUGGUCGGACAGCCCGAUUCACCGGUGUCAUCAUCCAGGGCCGGAACUCCAUCUGGAGGUAUGAAUGGGUCACUUCCUACAAGGUCCAGUUCAGCAAUGACACUCUCACCUGGUGGGGGACCAAGAACCGAAGCAGUGGACUGGAUGAGGUGUUCCCUGGGAAUUCGGACCCUGACACACCAGUGCUGGCACUGCUGUCUCAGCCUCAGGUGGCCCGAUACAUAAGGCUACUACCCCAGACCUGGCUAGAUGGAGGUGCAGCCUGCCUCCGCCUUGAGGUGCUAGCCUGUCUGCUCCCAGACCCCAACGGGCUCUUCCCUCGGGAGCCUCAGCUUGGAUCCUCAGACCCCCUGGACUUCCGCCAUCACAACUACAAGGCUAUGAGAAAGCUAAUGAAGGAGGUGAAUGAGCAGUGUCCCAAUAUCACUCGUGUCUACAGCAUUGGGAAAAGUCACCAGGGCCUGAAGCUCUAUGUGAUGGAAAUGUCCGACCAGCCUGGUGAACAUGAGCUAGGAGAACCAGAGGUGCGGUAUGUAGCUGGCAUGCAUGGGAAUGAGGCACUUGGCAGGGAACUGCUUUUGCUGCUCAUGCAAUAUUUGUGUCUUGAAUUCCUCCGUGGGAACCCUCGGGUGACUCGGCUUCUCACUGAGACUCGCAUCCACCUGCUGCCCUCUAUGAACCCCGAUGGCUAUGAAAUAGCUUACCAACGGGGCUCAGAGCUGGUUGGGUGGGCGGAGGGACGAUGGACCCGCCAGUUCAUUGACCUGAACCAUAAUUUUGCUGACCUCAACACACCCUUAUGGGAAGCUGAGGAUGAUGGAUUGGUACCCCAUACCUUCCCCAACCACCACCUGCCACUGCCGGCUUACUACACAAUGCCCAAUGCCACAGUGGCCCCAGAGACUCGUGCUGUGAUUGACUGGAUGCAGAGGAUUCCAUUUGUGCUGAGUGCCAACUUACAUGGCGGAGAGCUAGUGGUAUCCUAUCCCUUUGAUAUGACUCGGACACCCUGGGAAGCCCGUGAGCUCACUCCCACACCUGAUGACCCUGUAUUCCGCUGGCUCAGCACUGUCUAUGCAGGGACCAGCCGAGCCAUGAAUGAACCAGGCCGCCGGCCGUGCCACAGCGAGGAUUUCUCACACCACGGCCACAUCAUCAAUGGUGCCCAAUGGCACUCAGUCGCAGGGAGUAUGAAUGACUUCAGCUACCUCCACACAAACUGCUUUGAGGUUACAGUGGAACUCUCCUGUGACAAGUUCCCACACGAGAGUGAGCUGCCCCAGGAGUGGGAGAACAACAAAGAUGCCCUCAUCACCUACCUGGAGCAGGUGCGAAUGGGCAUUUCAGGGCUUGUGUUAGACAAAGACACAGAGCAAGGCAUCCCAGAUGCUGUCAUCGCAGUGGACGGCAUCAACCAUGAUAUCACCACAGCCCCAGGAGGGGAUUACUGGCGGAUGCUAACACCGGGUGAUUACAUGGUGACAGCCAGCGCGGAGGGAUACCACUCGGCCACCAAGCCCUGCCGAGUCUCUUUUGAGGAGGGACCCGCUCCCUGCCAUUUCCGUCUCAGCAAGACGCCCAAGCAGCGGCUUCGAGAGCUCCUGGCUUCAGGUGCUAAGGUGCCCCCCGACCUAAGGCGGCGGCUGGACCGCCUGCGGGGCCGUGGCGCAGGACGCUGA